UCCAUCACUUUCACUGCUUGGAAGCCAGAAGAAUAUCUUCGAGCAUUUCGUUUUAGUAGCACAUCGGAGAACGAGGUAUCACACAACAAGACGAACAUUCCUUUUUCCUUUUUAAUUACCAAGUCGUGGAUCGUGAAUGCCAGAAUGAAAUCUUUAAUAGCUUUUAUCAGCUUGGCCAGUCUCUGCCGAGGGGAUGUGUCCCAAAUUCUGCAGUUACCGAGACUCGUUGAUGAUGAAGUAACCACAACCACAACAGAGGGACCACCGAAUCCCUACAGUUUCAAAUAUAGUGCUGGACGUUUUCCUGGACAUGUCGACAGGAUUCAUAGUGAAACUGGCGAUGGAGCUGGUCGUGUUCAGGGAUAUUAUUCAUUUAUUGAUCCAAAAUUCAAAGUCCGAACUGUUCAAUAUAUAGCGAAUGAAAAUGGCGUUAAACAAUCACUGAUAAAUUUUGAUGAUAUCCUUGAGCAGCCAAAAGAUUCUGAAGCUGUUCAGCGCGAAAAAGAAAAGCAUCGUAUACUUUAUGAAAAAAUUGCAGCUACGAAUGCCCAGGGUACACCAGCUCAACUACCUAAGGACUCCCUAAGUGUCGCUAGAGCAAAAAAUCGUCAUUUAAAUUUGUUCCACAAAAUUGCAUCUGAACAUGCAGCAAUAGCAGCAGAGCGCGAAGCCCAACGUUUGGCGUUUGAAGCAACUUCCGUAGCGAAUGAAGUUAACGAAUCAGGAAGUUAUUUUAAUUAACGUAUGCAAUUAUAGAAUUGUGUUUAUACAUUGAAUAUUUUAAUUAAAAAACAAAAAACAAAAAAAAAAACAAACAAACAAACAAACAACCAAUGGAUGCAAAUUUAAUGGAAUGCUAGAGUGAGCAUCGCAUUGAAAGUCAAUUGGCAAAAUUUUAAUGAUAAAACCAGUAUAAAUGCCUUGAUUAUUUUAUUUUUAGGUAUAACAUGUUUUUCUUCAUUAUAUCAACUACAUAGGCACGCGCGCGCACGCACGCACAACAAUGCACUACUCAAUAGAUG